ACACAGGCCCCAACACCAUACAACUUCCACACCGUUUCUUCUCCUCUACUUCUGCCUUCCAAGUUCCAGCCAUUGUUGGGAGCUAAUUAAUCCACCAAGGAGAUAGCGCUUGAAGUGUGGUGUUAGCGGCGAUGGCAGUCCCGGUAAUUGACUUCUCCAAGCUCGAUGGCCCUGAGAGGGCUGAGACCAUGGCGGCCAUCGCCGCUGGGUUUGAGAACGUGGGGUUCUUCCAGCUGGUGAAUACCGGCAUCCCUGAUGAGCUGCUGGAGAGGGUGAAGAAGGUGUGCAGCGACUGCUACAAGCUGCGGGAGGUGGGGUUCAAGGAGUCCAACCCUGCGGUGAAGGCCCUCGCCGAGCUUGUGGAGAUGGAAGGCGAGGGCCUCGCCACGAGGAAGAUCCAGGACAUGGACUGGGAGGACAUCUUCACCCUCCAUGACGACUUGCCUUGGCCUUCCAUCCCUCCCACCUUCAAGGAGACGAUGACGGAUUACCGAAGGGAGCUGAAGAAGCUGGCGGAGAAGCUGCUAGGGGUGAUGGAAGAGCUGCUGGGGCUGGAGGAGGGGCACAUCAAGAAGGCCUUCACCAACGACGGCGACUUGGAGCCCUUCUACGGCACCAAGGUCAGCCACUACCCGCCAUGCCCGCGGCCAGACCUGAUCGACGGGCUGCGCGCACACACCGACGCCGGCGGCCUCAUCCUGCUCUUCCAGGACGACCGCGUCGGCGGCCUGCAGGUGCAACUCCCCGAUGGCCGGUGGGUCGACGUCCAGCCCCUCGAGAACGCCAUCGUCAUCAACACCGGCGACCAGAUCGAGGUGCUGAGCAACGGGCAGUAUAAGAGCGCGUGGCACCGCAUCCUGGCCACCCGCGACGGCAACCGCCGCUCCAUCGCCUCCUUCUACAACCCUGCGCGCCUGGCCACCAUUGCCCCGGCCACCAUUGCUCCGGAGACCGCUGGCACGUCCGGCGCCGACUACCCGAGCUUCGUGUUCGGCGACUACAUGGAGGUGUACGUCAAGCAGAAGUUCCAGGCCAAGGAGUCCAGGUUCGAAGCAAUGGCGAGGACCAAGUGACAUAUGACCUUGCAGUGCAGGAGUCUGAACCAGCUGCGAGGCUAAUUACGCUUAUUACUCUUAAUUAAGUCAAGUUAUACGAUAAAGUGUGCAAUUAUGGAUGGUACGGGCUUGUACCAUGCAUAAGUAGGUUGUUAAGUGUGUAAUUUGACGUGUGUAGAAUGGAUGUGUGAUAUAAAUGUGUAAGUGUUUUGCAGCAACAAGCAGUCACAAUAAUAUUGUGACAGAUAAGCUUGUGGUGAGCUGUGGUCAACGGAUGUCAGAGUGAUUUGUAGCUUAAAAUGGCAUCUCUUGGGUUUCUUUUCCUUUUUUUGGUUUACUUUUUGGUUUACUCGUUUCUUUUUAUGUUUGGGUGAUCAGUUUGUUCAUGUGGUUAAGUUGUUGUAAUUGUAUAUUACUCAGAAAUUAUUAAAUAUAUUGUUGGGUUUCAA